AUGAUUUGGCUCAUUUACGUCCAUUUUUGUUUUGGUAUUUCGAUGUACACUUGUAUUUAUUUAUUUAAAACAUAUCCAGAAAAAGAUAUACUAAUUGAUAGAGAUAUGAAGAAUGUAUUGAAUAUUUCUUUGGAUGACAGGGCGUAUGUUGGGCCUUUGUACUGGGUUGAAAAAGAAGCUGGAUCAGUCUUUCAAUGGGAUGAAGUUAUGGCCGAUUAUCGCCGAGCUUUUCUGAAAACAUUCUGCAAAUUGGUGACAAGAAAAAGAAUCGAUCUGGACCACUCACAGAUCAUCCGAGGAAAACCCCGUCAAUUGAGCUCAAUUAGGGCUUUUUAUAAACAUGAUAAA